AUGACAAAACUCUGGGCUGAAAAGCGCGGAUUGUACAUAGUAGCCCCGGCCUGGGUUAAAGCUUGCGUAGAACAAAAGUGUCGAGUUCCGGAAGCUUGCUAUUCCUUGAAAGACAAAGAAGAUGUUGGCUUGGCAGACGACUGCGAUCGUAUUACUUCUAGGAAUGUUCCUCCUGUUAGAAGGGAACCGGUAUCUGAUUCCCACUCCGGAUUUUCACAUGUCCUGCGUUCUGCUACCAUUAACAGUCCUCUGUCCUGUCCCAAGUCUCCGCUUACCGUCGAGGUGGACUCCUGGAGAAAAAGAACGUGUGAAACUGCUUUGUCUUCACUUGAGCCUUCUCAUAGUAGCAAUGGAUUGUUCUCCAAAUCCUAUACUGCGAUUUCUCCUCCCGGCUUUACUAUGACAAAGCCUCCUCCAGGUUGGAUGCGUCUUCCAUCUCCACCACAGGAAGUUGCGAAUCUGCCUCUGCCUCUUUUUCCUGAAGAUGAUACUCUCACGCUGGAGACCCAGCCGCGCCCUCCGGAUUUCAUUGGCCCUCUUACUCUCUCUCGCAUGCCCCUUUCUCCUGACAUGCUUCACUUCGUCGUUCGUAAUUUUGCCUCGUCCACCACAGUGAUGAAGAAAAAUCAGGUGUCUAAAAGCCAAAAGUUGGUACCUUUGUCACCCGUCAGAGUGACUCCCAGUCAGGAAAAAAAGAUUAUUUGCAAGACACCCACGCAGAAACAGAGGAGGCGGAAUAGGUCGCCAAGGUCUCGGCCACUACUGCGUCGACAGCUUCUCGGACCUCAUAACGGUCCCCCAAACGCCUCCGACAUCUGUGGGUCAAGAAAGAAGGCUUUGAAAAACGAUCAGGAAGGGGCUUGGGGGCAAAAAACGCAGCAAAAGAGGAUGAAGUCAGUUGAGGUUGUGGCUCAACCAAGACGGAAGUCUCUGCGGCUUUUAUCGAGGGCAGCUAAUCGUCUUGGUUCGGUAAUGGAUCCGUCUGGAAAAGGUGUGGCCACCACUUCAAAAUCAAUUGCCAUCGACUCGGCGACUAGUUUGAAGUCUCCAAAAGUGAACACCUUUUUGUAUCGCUUUCAAUCUAGCCAAAGACAGACUCUCGUCGCACUGCUUCGCUCAAGCACUGGGCUCAGCAAGCACGAGGUGGCACCAACGCUGAAUAACAGACUCUGUGGCAGUGGUGGUGUAGGUGAUAUUCCCUUUGACCAAAGAAGUCCCAGGGCUUUGGUGCUGGCAGCCAUUCUUGGCACAGAAGAGGAAUCAUUGAAACAGCGAUGGCGCCUUGCGGACAUCUUCAGCACUCACACUACCACACACCUUGUCUCUACCUCACCUUUUCCGCGUACGAUCAACCUCUUCAAGGCUGUCCUCUCUUCUGUUCCGGUGGUCGACACAGCUUGGAUUGUGGAGUCAGCGAAGGUUGGCAAAUGGCUUCCCUUCAGGCACUUUCUUGUAAGCCUUCUCAACAUGACCCAGCGUUAUCACUACAACAGCGUCCCAUGUGUUGAGACCUUAGUGCUCUCCUCUCAACAAUUUUUGGAGCCUACUGGUCUCUUAGGUAUAAUGCAAAAGAUCCGAGGUCUACCUUCAGCUAGGGCUGCUAGUAAACUGCAGAAGCUCUUUUCAACAGUUGGCUGUGUUUUUGUGGCUGCUGGUACUUCUCCUUCUCCUAGCGAUCUCAAGGAUCUCAUUAUCAUGGGUGGAGGCUCGGUAUCCAAAAGAGCAGUUGGAGCGAAAUUGAUUGUGGGUCAGAAAGACGCCAAUAAACCCAGCGUUUCCCCGAAAUGGGUUUUAGCCUUUCCUUGGGGGCCUCUUGAUGCAGACGUUAUAUCAUCGCUUAAUCCCUUUGCAGACACUAUCCAUGUUUUAGCCAGUCUGGCCAAGAACUGCGUCCUUCGCAUCAGGAAGGACAGUAUGAGCUUCAUUAUCCGUGAACACAGUACUCAAGGCGGGGCUGAGAUCUGGUGUGAACUCGAUCAGACAAACGUCUUCUCCGAGUGCAUCUGUGAGGGUAUCUCACCAGAACAGGAUGAGAUCUUUCUUGAAAUAAUCCCUGAGGAAAUUAUGCACUGUUUGAGGGGUGUGAGUAACAGCGCCUUCUCUAGUGGUGCUGGCAGUGUCCUCACUUCCCAGUCUCACACCACUGUGGGCAGCUCAGGCGUGACCUUGCCACGAGGUCAAACAACUCUGCACAACUUCGUCAGCACUGCACGCGGUCUCAAAAUCAAGUUGGUGCGCCGCAAGACGCCCUGCCUGGCGUUGGAGGUGGAACAGGCUAGCAUUAGCGGUCGUUCACGUGCUGUGUGGCAUUUCGUUCCUGUCCACAUUCUUCCCCUCCGUCUGUGGUCCGACUUUGAGGAAACGCCGGAUCCAGAUUUUGACCUGAGCAUCUUCCUUCCUCCUGUAAAGAAUCUCCGACUCUUUGUGGAUCGCAUGAAGCACUUUGCAAGAUUCCUUACAAUCAGAGCGACUGGUGGUGGUGAUCUCUACUUGGAGAUUAACAUGGAGACUCUAGCACGCGUGCGACUGACGUUUAAAGGUCUGCGAGCUCGUGACUGGCACCUCCCGGAGGGAGCGGAGCCCAAUCCCAAGGAGUCUGCUUCCACUUCUCCCACUUCCUUUUUUGCCACCAUCGAUAUUCGUCGAUUCAGUCAACUUCUGUCUGCACAACGCGUUCAGCCUAGUUGGUUCGUCUGCAGUGAGUUCCUCUACCAUCUUCAUUCUUUUAUUACUAAAUUGGUCCCUGGAAGAGUAUGCAAUAAAAUGGUCUUCCUUACAGACAUCGUCCAAGAUCGUCUCAUUCAAUUUGUUAUGUUGUUCGAGCACUCUCGUCUCAAGUACACCCUUCCAACUUCGUAUAUUUAA